GCCGGCAAGCGCAGCGACUCUCGUCUCUUAUCGCAGGGCGAGAGGUGGGAAUUGCCCCGGACUCUGCUGCUCUGGCUAUGACGGACGCGUUGCUGCCCUCGGGCUGCCGGGCGGCGGAGCAGAGGGGAGACUGCUACUUUCGAAAGGGAUGCAACCCUCUUGCGGAGACUGGACGGAGCAAACUGCAGAACCAAAGAGCAGUCCUCAACCAGCAGAUACUGAAGGCGGUGAGGAUGAGAGCUGGCGCUGAAAACCUCCUCCGGGCGACAACCAGCAACAAGGUGCGCGAGCAGGUGCUACUGGAACUCAGCUUCGUCAACUCAGACCUGCAGAUCCUUAAGGAGGAGCUGGAAGGACUCAACAUCUCUGUUGAGGUUUACCAGAACACAGAGGAGGCUUUCAGCAUUCCUCUGAUACCACUUGGCUUGAAAGAGACCAAAGAAGUUGACUUCGCAGUUCCUUUGAAGGACUUUAUUCUGGAACACUACAGUGAAGAAGGUUCUGAAUACGAAAAUGAAAUUGCUGAUCUUAUGGACUUAAGACAAGCCUGCCGUACCCCCAGCAGAGAUGAAUCGGGAGUUGAGAUGUUGAUGAGCUAUUUUGUUCAGCUCGGCUUUGUAGAGAAUAGAUUUUUUUCACCAAGCAGACACCUGGGGAUUUUAUUUACCUGGUACGACUCUUUCACUGGUGUUCCCGUCUGCCAGAAGAACCUGUUGCUGGAAAAAGCUAGUGUUCUAUUCAACAUUGGAGCGCUCUACACCCAGAUUGGCACAAGGUGCCAUCGGCAGACGCAGGCUGGGCUUCAGAAGGCCAUUGAGGCCUUUCAGAAAGCAGCAGGAGUUUUAAAUUACCUAAAAGAGACUUUUACUCACACUCCAAGUUACGACAUGAGCCCUGCCAUGCUGAGUGUGCUGGUCAAGAUGAUGUUGGCUCAGGCUCAGGAAUGUGACUUUGAGCUGAUUUGCCUUCCUGGAAUACAAAACGAAUUUUUCACGCUUGUGAAAAUGGCCCAGGAAGUGGCAAAGGUUGGAGAAACAUACAUGCUUGUUAACACAGCAAUGAGUCAAGCACCAGUCAAGGAGAACAUCCCUUAUUCCUGGUCAAAACUGGCCCAAGUCAAAUCGGACCAUUUCAGAGCGUUGGCACAUUAUUUUGUUGCAACAAUUUUGAGUGACCACCAACUGCGCCAGAAUGAUGAUGAAGACCAACAGGAAAAGGCUUUUUCCCAGCUGUAUGACCACAUGCCGGAAGGACUGACCCCCUUGGCCGUUUUGCGGGACCGAGUUCAGCGGAAACAACUUGCAAAGGCCCACCUGCGGAGAGCCAUUGUUCAUCAUGAAGAAGCCUUGAGGGUUUGUGGCUUGUGCAAAAAGCUCCGGAAUAUUGAGGUGCUCCAGGAAAUCCUGUCAGUUGCCCACAAGCGGUCCCUUCUCAAAUAUUCACAGCAGGAGCAUGAAGAUGACUUUUCGAGUUUGCUGCAGGCUCCAGAUAUCCUCCCUAAGACAGACCAUAAAAUAGAAGCGGUUGCUCCUCUGUUCUCCAAGGUCAAAGUCAAAGACUUCUUUGAGAAGCUGGGUCCGCUGACGGUCUUUUCAGCAAAGCAGAGGUGGACUGCUCCUCGCACCGUCCGUUUCCAGUGUGAAGCUGAGGGUCUGGGGUUUACCCUGAAAGGAGGCCCCCCAGUGCACGUUUACUGCCUGGAUCCAGAUUGCCCUGCAUCAUUGGCAGGUCUGAAAGAAGGAGACUGUGUCGUUUCCAUUGAAGGCGUGGAUUGCAAAUGGCUGGGAGUGAGUGAGGUCUUGGAAAAACUGAGAAACGUCAGCAGGCAGGAGACUGAGAUCCAGGUCAUCAGCUGCCAAGAUAACACAGUGUCCAUGCAUAACAAAAGUGCAACUUAUUCUGCGGGAAUGCAGAAAACAUACUCUCUGAUUUGUUUGGCUAUGGAAGAAGAUAAAAUAGAUAAGACCAAGAAGGUGACUCCUAAACUUUCCUUUUUGAGUUGGGGAACGAAGAACAGAAAAAAAGCAGCCAGCACACUCUGCCUGCCUUCCGCUGUGCCUGGAAGCACCCCAACCAAGAAGAAACUUGUCUCGCCUUUCACACUUCUGAGUACGGACAGCUCCUUGUACUAGGACUUGAAAAGAGAGGCUUCUUGCUGGAAAUGUUCCCUGAAUGCAUGUGCCAUAAAUCUGAAAUGUAACCCUUUUGUGAAUCUGGAGUAAGCCCAGUUACGGCACUGCCAACUCACAUCUGGCCCACCCUACAUGCUUUUUAAGGAUCCUGCGCUGCCACUGUUGGAGAAGCACAGCAUUGUCAUCAGGAGAGAUUUGGGAGUCCUUUUGCUUGAAAAGAAAAUGACAUACGUUGCUACCAGACUACAUGUGAGAUUCCUGUCUGGGUUUCUGUCCUAGUUAUUAUUUGUCCUGCAAAACUAUAGACAAAGUUGUUUAUAGCAUGCAGUAUAUGCUGCAAAGAGUUAUGAAGGAUUUUUUAAAAUGUCAUUGUAUAUAGCAGGGGCAAGUUCAUGACAUGAUACCAGUGAUGAACAGCAAUUUUAAAGGAAGGCUGAUUGAAUGUCCCCUUUAGACUGGCAGACGAAGGAAAACAAUUGCUUGCAAAAAUGCCAUAGAAUUAGGGGCAGUUCUCCUGUUGCUGUACAUUGAUGUGGAGCCAUUGAAAUCCAGCAAAGAUUACAGGGGAAACUGAUAUGGUGGGAGCCUGUGGCCCUCCAGAUAAUCUCUGACCAUAAUCCCUAAUCACUGGCCAAGCUGGUAGAAACAGCUGGGGGUCCCCAAAUACCAGGGGUGCAGCAGGUUCCCCCAUCCCUUGGUCAAGUUAAUAUUAAGGAUUAAAAAUAUCACACCCAGAAAGAGCCAAACACAUUUUAAACUGCUUUUUUGAAGGUUUGCAUGGUGCCAAGGCGUUGACAAAGAGCAACUGAAUACUCCUCAUCCCACUGAUGAAGAACAUCACGUCACUUUGGUGCCCUUUGUGGCUUAAGGGAGCAACUUUUUGUGGCUUCACCAGCAGUGCUGCAUGAAAUUCUCAAAGGCCCCAAGGAACCAACAUUACUGACUCCACCCAGGCUUGGUACCCUCGGCACUCCUGUGCCACAGUACCCCUGCUGUUGCCUUCCUUCCCUGGGUCACCAUUUAAAACCACUGCUCCCGUCAGUUCAGGGCAGCUGCCAUUUGUACUCUAUAAUGCCCCAAAGGUUCAGAGCAUUGUGGGAAAUUAAAAUGGCAGCAGCCCAGUGCCGAUCAAGGUGCAUCACCCACUGCUAGGGCUUGUCAAUUUAGGAGGGGGGCUCAUCCAAGAGCACUUGUCAAAGGUCCCCUCAAACUUGGAAGAUGGUCCCAGUUAUGAACAGAAUAAAAGCCUGCUGGAUCAGGCCAAUGGCCCAUCUAGUUAAC